UGUAGGACCAUACCCAGGAAGCAGGAGGCAGCAUCCUUUGCCAACAAACACAAAAGGUUCAAAAUGGAGUAAGCAGUGCGACGCGGGGAUCCUACUCAAUGUAAUUCCACAUUCAAACUGAAAAAUCUCCGUUCCGGGUGAAAUCCAAGACUUACAGAAACCGCGGGCAGAUCGCCAUUGUUUUUUUUCCGUUACUGUAACUAGCUGCGAAGAACAGACAGUAAUGGAGCCAUCAGAGCAGUCCGGCCCGGAUUCGGGUUCUCAGGAUGUCAACCCGCUCUUUCUGCAACAGCUCAGAGAACUGGACAUCCCUGAGGAAGCAGCCAAACAGGCGCUCCUGCACACUCGGAAUGUGUCUGCCGAGGAGGCGGCCAUGUACUACUUCAACAAACUGGAGAAUGAGGAGGAGGGCGAUGAUGAUCUCAUGUUUAAGAUGGUGUUUGUGGUGAAUAUGGACCUUGCUAUGGGUGUUGGAAAAGUAGCAGCCCAGGUUGGCCAUGCUGCUGUUGGUUUAUACCAGGCUCUACAGGAGAAGAACAGCUGGAGGGAGAUGGCCUGGAAGUGGGACCACAGUGGGGCCAAGAAGGUGGUGGUCCAGGGCACCAAUGUAGCUCAUCUGCUGGAGCUGCAAGCCCUAGCCAUGAGCCUCAGCCUGCCCACUUACCUGGUCCAAGAUGCAGGACUUACCCAGGUGGAGUCUGGUUCUCGCACUGUGCUGGCCAUUAUGGGUGAGGAGGAGAUGGUGAACAAUGUCACUGGCAGUCUGAAGCUGCUGUGAGGGUCUCAAAACUACAAUGGAGGCAUUAGUCUGCAGUACCACAAUGCAAUCAGCAGAGGCCAACAUUUCCCAGCAGCAUGGAGAGUCUUGGCAUGCAAGAGUGUAAAACAUUUAUCAAAAGACUUGAAGCGAGGGAAAACACCAGAAAACAAACACUCUCAGCCAUUUGCUUCCCUUCUUAUUCUUUGUCUGAGCCACUCAGUCAGCCUUUAAAUGCAGGAGGGGAUAGGCAGACUUGUUCCUGACUGAUGAACAACACAAAGGCAGUUGAAUUUCCUUUCCCUGCUGAGCUUUCUCCAUUUUGUGUUUAUCAGGCCACCUACAACAAUCUUAAUUAAGAUUAAUUAACAAUCUGUCUAAUAUUUGGCUGCUUCAACCAAUGUGGUAGUUUGCUUAAAAGAAAUGGCAGUACACUGUAGACUAAUGCAUUAUGUGUACAGUUAUACCCAUAUCAGAAGUAGUAUUUCCCUGUUGUAUUCUUUACUCCUUAGUGAGGGGUAACUUAUUAAACGAUAGUAUGUGAACACUCAUUGUUGACGUCUUAAUGAUUUUGUCUGCACAUAUUCUCGUAAAGACCCCUAACCUCUAUACUUAAUGACACCACUUAUUGAUAAAUUGCUAUAUUUUGUAUAUAUGUGCCUGUUAGAGCCAUAUUGUAUCAUCUGUUGUGUGCCAUCCUAAACAACAUCCACCGUUACUGGACUCUGUUAUGCUUUCGUUUUCUUUAAAAAUGACCCAAGUUAUGAUGUUUGUAUUCUUGGGUAGAAUUUGGCAGUGAGGGGAGGUUCUGUGUAGUCAACAUGUUAUGUAGUAAAGGUCUGGGUUGGGCCUAAUUUUAUGCGAAUUGACUGCCUGCAGUGGAUGGUAGACCAUAAUGAAUUUGAGCAGUUUUUGGACACGGAUGAGUAGAAUAGUCUUAAAUUGUCUUGCACUCCACUAACUCUGAAACAGAAGGAGAAUAAUGUGUGAGCUUUCUGUCCUGUAUCCAUGUUAUCGCUAACAAAUUUUUGUGGGCAUGAGCUGCCACAGCAUGCUGUAUGAAAUGUAUAUUUGAAUAGACCACUGGGGAUCCCAAAGUUAUUUCAGUUUUGGUAACAUGUCCAUGCUUCAAUACCUCCUGUGUUAUGCAGUCAUUUGUGUUAGUGCUUCAGACUGUGGACUAUUAAAAUACCUCUAGAUUAAGUAA